AUGAAAUGUGAUGAUGCUCAUAAAUACUGCGAGGAGAAGAAGAAGAAAGGUGGUCUGCUAACUUUGUCAGACGAUGACCAACUGAAUUCAUUACUUGGUGAUCAGGACUUUCCCAUCUGGAUUGGACUCCAGAGAAAUGGGCAAACGUGGAAAUGGAGUGCAGGCUUGUCAAACUACACAAACUGGGCACCGGAUGAGCCGAGUAACAGUAAAAACUGUGUCUCCAUCUCGUCUCUCAGCAAAAACAUGACUACCCAAGACUGCUCCUCUCGGUUUCCCUUCCUUUGCUACAGGGAUAACCUAGUUCUCGUAGAGGAGAACAAAACCUGGGAGGAGGCACUGGAACAUUGCAGAGCACUCAGUUCACCCACAAGCUACGACUUGGUCAGCAUACAGCCUGAAGACUACGAUUAUGUAAUGGAAAAGUUGGUGGAGGCCAAUGCUGAAGAGGUGUGGACAGGUCUGCGUUUCCUGGCUGGUAAAUGGCUGUGGGUAAAUGGCGCAGAUAUGUUGUACUCUGACCUGCCCCUCUGCCCCCCAAUGGUACAGCACUGUGGAGUCUUAUCCACAAACAGCACAGGCAGUAUGGAGAACAGAGACUGUGCAGAGAGAAAAUAUUUUAUGUGCUAUAGGAAGUAG